AUGAGUCUGGAGUCGUUGUUUCAGCACAUCAUCUUCACUGAGCAUCAGGCAGAGGAGAGCCGCAGGGUGCUGCGGGAAGUGAGGUCAGAAAUUACCACAUGUCGUGAGAAAAUUAAGAAAGCAACAGAGGAUCUGAAUGAAGAGAAAAUCAAGUUGGAAUCCAAGGUUCAGCAGUUUUCUGAGAAAUCUUUCCUCUUAGAGCUUUUGAAAACCCAUGAAAAUGCGUUAGAGAGACAGCGGAGUGAGAUUAUCGGCGAGCGGGAGACACUGCUCCAAGCCUGCGAGGCUAUAAAGAAAAAAACCACAGAUGAAGAGGAAAAGUUUAUUAAGGAAAUUACAGACUUCAAUGACAAUUAUGAAAUAACCAAGAAAAGAGGUACUAUGAUGAAAGAAAAUAUCAAGAUGGAAAUUGCUGACUUAGAAAACCAGGCAGAUGUUUUGAGAGGGGAAAUGAAGUCAAUGGAUAACAGUGGACAGUUACAGGAACUUCAGAAACUAAAAAGUGAACUGUUACAAGAAUUAUUUACUCUCCAGAAAAAGCUUAAAGUUCUCAAAGAUGAAGAGACUGAAGCCAUUUGUCUCACCAAACAUCUAGAGGCAGAAAAAAUCAAAAUAAGAGCGAAGCCUCAGCAUGACCCUGAGUGCACGCGGUAAGCAGCGUUUAACAGGCUUAAAGGGGAGUUAGAUCUCUAUAAAGCAGAAGACAUGGAAAGUGUCUGCAGAGCUCUACAAACAGAAGUCGACCUUCUGCAGUCGGCACUGGCACCAAAGGACCCUCAGGACCAUAACUCCUCAAGCCGAUGA